AUGGGAGGAGCAGCAGCUGCACUGAUGGGCCUUUCCUCACCCCUGCAGAGUACCCCACAGGAGCCCUACACCCAGCCAAAGGAGCAAGUGCUCAUCAAUCGCCGGGACAUCACUAGUAACGUGGAUGCCUGGGACAUGCAUGAGUUCAUCACGCGCAUAUAUGUAAAGCAGCUGCUCCGACACCCAGCCUUCCAGCUGCUGCUGGCCCUGCUGCUGGUGGUCAACGCCAUCACCAUCGCUAUCCGCACCAACUCCGUCCUCCGCCAGAAACACUAUGAGUUGUUCUCUACCAUAGAUGACAUUGUGCUGACCAUCCUUAUCUGUGAGGUUCUCCUUGGCUGGCUCAACGGCUUCUGGAUUUUCUGGAAGGACGGCUGGAACAUCCUCAACUUCCUUAUCAUCUUUAUCUUGCUCCUGGCUACCUUCAUUGAAGAACUAGAUGUCAUCCCUAUCACCUACACCCUCAGGGCGCUUCGUCUGUUGCACGUGUGCAUGGCGGUGGAGCCCCUGGCCCGGAUCAUCCAUGUCAUCGUGCAGUCAGUGCCUGGCAUGGCCAAUAUCAUGACCCUUAUCCUCUUCUUCAUGCUGGUGUUCUCCGUGUUUGGGGUCACACUCUUUGGUGCGUUCGUGCCCAAACAUUUCCAGAACAUACAGGUUGCCCUGUACACCCUCUUCAUCUGCAUCACCCAGGAUGGUUGGGUGGACAUCUACAGUGACUUCCAGAUGGAGAAGAGGGAGUAUGCAAUGGAGAUUGGGGGCGCCAUCUACUUUGCCAUCUUCAUCACCCUUGGUGCCUUCAUUGGCAUCAACCUGUUGGUCGUCGUGGUGACUACCAACCUGGAGCUAAUGAUGAAGAGAGGACAACAAGGGCAGCAGCAUCAAAUAAACGUCAGUGAGACAGGCUACGAGGAGGAGGAGAACGAGGGUAGCCAGCUGCCUCUGGUGCACUGUAUAACCGCCCGCUUGCCGAAGUCCGGCCUUCACCAGGAGCCGCUGGUCGGGGGGGCCCUGUCGAACCUCUCGGAGACCACGUGCGACAACUUUUGUUUGGUGCUCGAGGCAAUACAGGAGAACUUGAUGCAGUACAAGCAGAUCCGAGAUGAGCUCAACACGAUCGUGGAUGAGGUACGAUCCAUACGCUUCAACCAGGAGCAGGAAGAGGAAAUGAUGUACAGGGGCAUGUCCCUGAACCAGCAGAUGGAGAGCUGGACCUCCUUGGACAUCCGGGACCGCCAGCAAGAUUUGAUCACUGCGCUCAUUAACAUGGAAAAGGUUCAGGAAUCCACCACAAAUGUACUCCAUAAUAAACAGAAGACCAGCCACUGAGAGGGCAGGAUGGGAGCCAAG